UUUCACAUUUUUGCUUUACUUAAAAGACAUUAUGUCGCGAAAUUGUAUCGGAAAUCUAUCACCGAUUCAGCGAAAACUUUUAACAAAACGAAGAUGUCAAUCUACAUUCAAGCCACUCAGUGGAUUGAAUAAAAAUAUCCGAAAAAGAACAUACUUAAAAAGAUUAAAUGAUAAUAAUUCUUUAAAACCACAUCAAAUUGAAUGUGAACGAUUGAAGGAAAUUCUACCAACUGUUGCAAAUUGUGAAAAUUUGGAUGAAGUGAAAAUUAUUCAAGAAGCAAUAAAGCAUAUAAACUAUUUAGAACAAGCAGUACUUCGACGAUUAAAUAUUAUCAAUGUAGAAACUUCAAUUGAAAACAGUAAUCUCCAUUCUUCCUCAUUGUCAUCAUCCUCCUUACUUCCAGCGUUCAUUUUUAAAUUAUUAUCUAGUCAGAAUAAUCCAUCACAAUCAAUAUCAGAAGAGAAUUUGCUUUUUCAUAAUAGGCCUCAACUAAAUAAUGAUUACAUAACUGAUGAUAAUUUCUUAUCAAAAUCCUAUGAAUAUUUAAAUUCCAAUGGUAGUACACCAUAUCAGACAGAUGAUGAUAUUGAUCAACUGGGGUAAAAGGAUAUGAUAAAAAGAAAACUUUUUUAAAUACUACAAUUUCAGCGCCUUGUAAAUAAAAAAAAAGUGAACAACCAAAACCACUGUUGAACACUAAACUCAAUUAACUGUACAUAAAAAUACAUACAUUAUUGUACAUAAGUUAUUUUGAUUGAAUUAAAUAUUUAAAGUGAUACAUUAUGAAUGAUUAUAA